AUGAGAAAGCCUGGAACCGUCGAUGCCAACAUCCACAAAGAGAAUCGAGACAGAUAUGCGUCCAAGCUCAAAAUUUGGCCUUCCUCAUGGCCAAACGGAUCAUUCGACUCUACCUGUCCCCAUCCGGUCCAAUUGCACGAAGCUCUGUAUCUUGCCAUUGAGGAUAUUAUUGGGCGGUGGUGGACGGACGAUGGGGCACGGUUUCCGGAACAAAUGCCCUUGGAGCCUGAGGAGGAGGAGGAGGAGGAGGAGGAGGAGAAUUUCUUGUGUAACAAACUAAUACGACCGUACAAAGAGUGUCAAGGAUUUUGGAGACCGGAUUUCCUUCUGGAGCACGAUGCGGAUUUAGGCAUUGAAAACUUCCGCAUUUGCGAGAUCAAUGCUCGUUUCUGCUGGAAUGGAUACAUGCACACCGCGUUUGGUCAAGAAGCAUACUCGGCGUUCGAGCAGAGAGGACUUGUUGAUGCAGCAGACCCGGGAACGAUUCUGAGAGGACUGCUGGGGCAAUUCGACCGCAGACGGCCACUGCACAUUGUCAAGGGCAAUGAGCGUGGUAUCGACAGUCACAUGUUUGUGGAAUUCUGCCAGCUUCUCGGUAUCAAGGCGCAAUUGAUUACUCCUGACAGUCUCCGAGUAGUCCCUCACCGGGAGGGGCAUAAUGGCUACAAGCUAUACUCCGAGCUGAAGCGGCAGAUCAGUCUCCGGUACUUCAAUGACAUGCGGGCAAUCCUCCUCACGCACGACAAGAGAAUGCGCGGAAUCGUCCUACAAGAGCUAAACUCAUUGGUAACAAGAAACAUCCUCUCAGCUGAGCAGGCUGCGCAACUCGAGCAAUUAAUCGACCAGUCCCGUUCACCAGAACAGCUGAAAGACGAUUACAUCCUCAAACCAAUCCGUAGUGGAAAAGGUGAUGGCAUCCAGUUUGGCGAUCAGCUCAGCCAUGCAGACUGGCUAGCGAAACUGGAAGAGUUGCGAGACACCCAGCUGAAACCGGGGUUAACCUUGUAUGUCGUACGGCACAAAGUCAACCAACGCUUGUACGACGUGACGCUUGGAUCGGGACAGUCGGUGCCAUGCCAUAAGGUCGGGACGUACCAUGCUGUCAAUGGACAGUUUGUGGGACUGGGGGCUUAG